CUGCUCCGUCGACGAGGACUAGUGGACUACCGGCAGGUGACCUAGAGGGCGCGGGAGGCGGAGAUGUGGUCCACCAAGGACUCCGGCAACUUCGUUGACCUCGCGCCACUUCGUUGAAAUCAGCCAUCUUUUGCGUUUUUGAAUUUUUCAUUUUUAUUGCGGUCUUCGUUUCGGGUGCGCCGGUGUGGAGAAACCUUCCCCAAAUGGAUAAAGGCGUGCCGGCGGCCCCAUUAGGGCACUGUCGGCGCCACUGUUGACACCUAUUUGGAGGCGCCGGCGGAGAUGUUCUAACAACACCUCAUUAGCAGCCCCGUAGCUAGAUAUAUAACACAUCUUGGACACAAAGUUCAGCAAAAGUAACAGCUAAUUGUUCGCAAUUUUUCCACGCCAUCCUCAAUGAUCUACUCAGCAAAACUAACAGCAGAAGACCGCAGUUCAUAGAAAUGUACUAUCUAAUCAUCUGGCGUUGAUUCCUCCAGGUGAGGAGCCGCCGGGGAGGUACGCCACGGCGGAUAUGCGUCGCCUGGUGGUCUCCGUUCAUCCUGGGCAGGCUGAGUUAUGUGCGUGUGGGCUGCGUGUGUUGUGUGGUGGGAUGGAUUUAGUCUUUUUUCCUCUAUGUAACUUGACCGGUUUGUUUCAGAGUUGACGGUGGUGGUAGAAAGUAGUAACGGAGCUAGAUUUAGAUGAAACAUUUGAUCUGCCGCACAGAAGGAAGUUCCACUCCAUCCCUCCAUCCCCCGCCAUGGAGCAUGCCUGCAUAAACUUCACCGCCGUCGCGCGCUCGGUGCGGCUUCUCAAGGUCGACGGCUUCAGCCUGACCGAGAGCAUGGGCAACGACGAUUGCGUCAAAUCAAGAUGGAGUUUUGAUGGGUAUGAGUGGGAAAUCCGCAUCUACCCCGCAGUGAACUGCUCCGUAGCAGUGCAGGUUGCCUUUCUCAGCAGAGCCCGCAAAGGCAGUGUGAGGACGGCAAUAGGCUUCCGGCUGGUCGAUCCAAGAGGGAUCAUCAAGCCAUCCAGUGAACUUUGCGUGCCUUGGGUGUUCAGUAAUCCCCAAGAAUGCUCACCGAAAAAGGUAAUCGCGGGAAGGCCUGAGCUGGGAGCAUCGGCUUUUAUCAGGGGUGAUUCUUUCACAAUGCAGUGCACCAUUACCGUUCUCAAGGAACUGCCUGAUAUAGCACCGGAUACGGUCGAAGAAGUGCCGGUGCCGUCCUCAAACCUGCACCGGCACCUCGCUGAACUCCUGCAGAGCGAGACAGGCGCGGACGUCACCUUUCUCGUGUCCGGCCAGUCCUUCGCCGCGCAUAAAAACAUACUGGCCGCGAGAUCUCCGGUUUUCAUGGCCCAGUUCUUUGGAGACAUGAAGGAGAAGUGCUCGCAGUGUGUGGAGAUCAAGGACAUGGACCCUGUGGUGUUCAGGGCGCUGCUUCACUUUAUCUACACCGAUGCCGUGGCGGAACUCGAUGAGAAGGAUGAGGCGGCGACGGUGAUAGCACAGCACCUACUUGCAGCUGCUGAUAGGUAUGGACUGGACAGGCUCAAGCUGAUCUGCGAAGGCAAGCUCUCCCGUGGCAUCGAUGUUGACACGGUAGCAACAACUCUGGCUUUAGCCGAGCAGCACAAUUGUCCACAGCUCAAGGCCAAGUGUGUCGGGUUCAUCGUUACAAGUCCCGCAGUUCUUGAUGCGGUGCUGGCGACGGAUGGGUACAAGCACCUGGAGGCAUGCUGCCCGUCGGUGCUGGCUGACCUUCUCAAGUCAAGUCUGCGCAUGGGAGGAAGAAGUGAUGCAUAAAUAGGUGCUACUUGAGGUCCAAAAU